AUGGCACCCUCAUACCCAUCCACCUUCACCGUCCCAUUAUCAGACACCUCACAAGGGGAAACCUCAGCAUUCCCAAUCCACAACCCGGCAACAGGCUCAAUCAUAMCCUCUCUCAYCCCCGCCAGCCUCUCGACGGUAGAAUCCGCCGUCCACGCCGCCGAAUCCGCCUUCCAAACAUCCUGGCGCUGGCUGCCGCCUCUCCAGCGCAGCAUCACACUCUUCCAAUGCGCCUCCGCUCUCGAGAGCCACGCGCCCGAAAUUGCAGAAAUUCUGACUCUUGAGAAUGGAAAACCAUACGCCGACGCCCUAAGCGGCGAUGUAGCAUUUUUGUCAGCCUGUUUCCGUUACUUCGCCAGCAUCCUUGACAAACUACCCAGCGAAGCUAUCGAUCACGGCUCAACCUACACGACAACUUGGUACGAACCCAAAGGUGUAACAGCAGCAAUCAUCCCCUUCAACUGGCCACCUAUCCACACAGCUGGCAAACUUGCGCCCGCGCUCGCAGCGGGGAACACAAUGAUCCUCAAACCAUCCGAACAAGCGCCGCUUACCGUCAUCAAAAUCGUUGAAAUCCUCAACACAAUUCUACCACCGGGCGUAGUCCAGGUUUUGCCGGCUUGGGGCCCCGCAGUACCUCAAUCCCUCGUCGCGCACCCACUCGUCAAAAUGGUUUCAUUCACCGGGUCAACGCUCGCAGGCACAAAAGUCGCGCUCACCGCAGCCCAGAAACCGAUCCCCGUCGUCCUCGAGCUAGGCGGUAAAAACGCGUUGAUAGUCUUCGACGACGCGGAUCUUGAGCGUGCGGUUCGCACGGCGUUGGAUGGUGGAUUUUUCAAUAAAGGGGAAGCCUGUACGGCGACCUCGCGACUGCUUGUGCAGCAGGGUGUGUAUGAGCGGUUUUGUGAGAGGUUGGCGGAUGGGGUGAGGAGACUCAAGGUGGGUGAUGGGAUGGAUUCGGGAACGCAUGUUGGGCCUCAAGUCACGAAGACACAACAGCAAAAUAGUCUCAAAUACAUCGACAUCGCCAAACGGACCCCCGGAGCCAAAAUUGCAGCGCAAGCAGACUUACCAUCCGAACAGCGACUCAAAGACGGUUUCUUCGUACCCCCAACAUUGAUUACCGAUGUCACGCCCGACAUGCAAAUAGCGCAAGAAGAAAUGUUCGGCCCCAUCGUGACCAUCUGCGCCUUCGACACCGAAGACGACGCCAUCCAAAUCGUAAACGAGUCUCGCUUCGGAUUGACGUGUUGCGUAUUCAGUCGUGACAGCGAGCGCUGUUUCCGUGUUGCUCGAAGUGUGGAUGUCGGUAUGGUGUUUGUGAAUAACUAUAAUCGGGCCGUGUUGGGGACGCCGUUUGGUGGGAACAAGGACUCUGGUUUUGGGCGCGAGCAUUGUAUCGAGACGAUGAGGUCGUGGCAGAAUGCGAAGUUUAUCAAGCAGCCGACUGGAAUAGGGAAGUUGCCGGAGUGGAGGGGAAUUCUUGAUGUUUUUGGUCAGUGA